AUGUCUCUCACUGUGGACCUCGAGACACCCGUCACGGGCCCUUACAAGCAGCCCAUCGGCCUCUUCAUCAACAACGAGUUCGUCGAGGGUGUCAAGAAGCAGAAGUUCGAAGUCAUCAACCCCUCCACUGAGGAGCCUAUCUGCUCCGUCUGCGAAGCCACCGCCGAGGAUGUAGACGUCGCUGUCAAGGCUGCCCGUGCGGCUUUCAACGGUGUCUGGAGCGAGACUACCCCCCACGAGCGUGGAAGACUACUUCUCAAGCUCGCCGAUCUCCUUGAGGCGAACCAGGAUCUCCUUGCCGCCGUCGAGUCGCUCGAUAACGGCAAGUCCAUUACCAAUGCCAGGGGUGACGUGGGUGCUGUAGUUGGAACCAUCCGUUACUACGGUGGAUGGGCCGACAAGGUCGAGGGCAAGACUAUUGAUGUCGCCCCUGAUAUGCUGAACUACACUCGACAGGAGCCUAUUGGUGUCUGUGGUCAGAUCAUUCCCUGGAACUUCCCUCUUCUCAUGCUUGCGUGGAAGAUUGGUCCUGCCUUGGCGACCGGUAACACCGUCGUCAUGAAGACUGCCGAGCAGACCCCUCUCUCCGCCCUUGUGUUCGCCCAGUUCGUCAAGGAGGCUGGCUUCCCUCCUGGUGUUCUCAACAUUAUUUCCGGUUUCGGCAAGACUGCUGGUGCUGCCAUUGCCUCCCACAUGGACAUCAACAAGGUUGCCUUCACCGGCUCCACCGCUGUUGGCCGCACCAUCAUGAAGGCCGCUGCCGACUCCAACCUCAAGAAGGUCACUCUCGAGCUUGGUGGCAAGUCUCCCAACAUCAUUUUCGACGAUGCUGACAUUGAGCACGCCAUUGAGUGGGUCAACUUUGGUAUCUACUACAACCACGGCCAGUGCUGCUGUGCCGGAACCCGUAUCUUCGUCCAGGAGGGUGUUUAUGACAAGUUCCUCGCUGCAUUCAAGGCUAGGGCUGAGAGGACUACAGUUGGUAACCCCUUCGACGAAACCAUCUUCCAGGGUCCCCAGGUCUCGCAGCUCCAGUUCGACCGUAUUAUGGGAUACAUCAAGAGCGGUAAGGAGGAGGGUGCCACCGUCGAAACUGGUGGUGAGCGUCUUGGUGACAAGGGCUACUUCAUUAAGCCCACCAUCUUCAGCAAUGUCCGCCCUGACAUGAAGAUCAUGAGGGAAGAGAUCUUCGGCCCUGUCUGCGCCAUUGCCAAAUUCAAGGAUGCCGAGGAGGUCAUCCACCUCGCCAACGACACCUCCUACGGCCUUGCUGCUGCCGUGCACACCAAGAACAUCACCACCGCCAUCAAGGUGUCCAACGCCCUCAAGGCCGGUACCGUCUGGAUCAACUGCUACAACAUCUUGUCGUACCAGGUUCCCUUCGGUGGUUUCAAGGAGUCCGGUAUUGGGCGAGAGUUGGGCGAGGCCGCGCUCGCGAACUACACCGAGACCAAGUCCAUCACUGUGCACCUCGGAAAGCCUUUCCCCCACUAA